UCUUCAACAGGUUUGGCUAUCAAGUCUAGGCUCCAAAACCGCAUCAUUGUGCGCAAAACAUGCGCAGCUGUGAGCGCAAAAUAAAUAGUUCCGCACAUAGACCCAGAGACAAAAAGUUCGGCUGGACAGAACACCACCUAGAGUACCUAGCUAACGUUACGGGGAUUGGGAGCAGGCCAAAGACAACUCACGUAAACUGGGCUUCAUCAAAUCUGGAGGUGCUUUCAACCGAAGAAGAUUAGCCAAACGGCGAGAGAAAUUGCAACUCAUAAUGGCCUCGGGAGAGCUUUAUGAGCCUGCCUCAGCUUCACCACUGUCUGCCUCAUCACUGGUUGAGAGAAUUGUGGACAAACGGAAGAACAAGAAGGGAAAGAUGGAGUACCUGGUGCGGUGGAGGGGCUAUGGCUACGAAGGGGACACCUGGGAGCCCGAGAUGCAACUCUCUGCCUGUGUGGAGUUCAUCCACGAUUUUAAUCGGCAACACAGUGAAAGACAGAGAGACGGCACAUUACUGCGCUCCACUCGAAGCACGGCCCACAGCUACAGUUCGAGAAACAACGCCCGCAAGCAGAUCUGCAGGCCUCAGCCACACAGUGGAGCAGGAAGCCAUGCUCUAGUAAAACCCGGGAAUGCCCCUUCGCCCCCCACAGCAGCUAUGGCCAUCUCCAAACAGUUGCCACCACUUGACACUGGCAUGGCAGACGCUAAAACGAACAUACAGCAGCUUAACUUGAGCCAAAAGUACAGCGUUUCGGCCACCGGUGCCAUUUGUAGCCCGGGCUUCACAAGUGGGCCUGCGGCUUCUCCGGUGGGCACGGUGCGUCGGAGCAUGGACCUGGCCAAGUCCGGGAUCAAAAUCCUGGUACCCAAAAGCCCCAUGAGCAGCCGGGCGGACUCUGAGGAGUCGCCUAGCGAGGCGGCCCACUGUCUGGAUCAAGGGGGGCAGGAGCAGGACUCGGUGCCCCCAGAGGUGGCCCUUUUGGAAAAGCCUCCGGGGUUGCUGCUGGGGCCUGGGGAAGAAAGGGCGCGCAUGGGGACCCGGCCCAGGACUCAAAGCCCAUUAAUCCCUCAGCAAGUCCCCAUAACACCUGCAUCCAUACGCACGCUCAAUGGGAAAGGGACAUCAACACUCAUGCAGGCUCUGGCGGCCAAUGGGACAGCUAGCCUGCAGAGUGCAGUGGCAGGAGUCACCGCAGUCUCCGGGGUGGCGGGGAAACGGCGCUUUGGGGAGCAGCGCUCGGUCUUCGAUAAGCGCCUUCGGUUCAGUGUCCGGCAGACGGAGAGCGCCUAUCGCUACAGGGACCUCGUCGUCAAGAAGCAGGACGGCUUCACCCACAUCCUGCUCUCCACCAAGUCCUCGGAGAACAACUCACUCAACCCCGAUGUAAUGAAGGAGAUACAGAGUGCCAUGGCCACGGCGGCGGCAGACGACAGCAAGCUGGUCCUGCUAAGCGCCGUGGGCAGCAUCUUCUGCUUCGGCCUGGACUUCAUCUACUUCAUCAGGCAUCUCACCGACGACCGCAAGAAGGAGAGCAUCAAGAUGGCAGAGACCAUUAGGACAUUCGUGAACACGUUCAUCCAAUUCAAGAAGCCCAUCAUCGUAGCCGUGAACGGGCCGGCGGUGGGCCUCGGAGCCUCCAUCCUCCCGCUGUGUGACGUUGUCUGGGCCAACGAGAAAGCCUGGUUUCAGACGCCCUAUACCACCUACGGACAGACACCCGACGCUUGCGCCUCCCUCACCUUCCCUCGCGUCAUGGGCGUGGCCUCGGCCAAUGAGAUGUUGCUGAGUGGGCGGAAGCUGACAGCCCAGGAGGCCUGCGCUAAAGGCCUCGUGUCCCAGGUGCUGUGGCCCGGGACUUUCACUCAGGAGGUGAUGGUUCGCAUUAGGGAGCUAGUCUCUUGUAAUUCAGUUGUCCUGCGGGAGUCAAAAGCACUGGUGCGAAACGCAAACCGGGCCGCCCUGGAGCAGGCCAAUGAACGCGAAUGCGAGGCACUGAAGAGAGUGUGGGGCUCCUCGCAGGGGGUGGACUCCAUCCUCAAAUACCUGCAGAAGAAGAUUGAUGAGUUUUAAGGAAAGCACGUAUCCCCCCCC